ACGUCGCGUACGCAACCAAUCGUGCGUCCUAUGCAAAUCUUAUUUAAAAAUUCCCCGGGAAAUCUGAGUUUCGCGGGAGGGCCCUUCGCGCUUAAACUGCAUCCCCUCAUUCAUUGUCAGCUUCCUGGAGCCAUUUUUCAGUUUGUCGGCGGAGCGCUUCUCGUCUUCCUCAAAAUCCAAAGCAUCUGCCCUCUACCCGCCACCAAUAUAAACUCAUUCACGGCCAGAUGGAUAGCUGAGACUUUAAUCUCACACUCGCCGUGCGUAUUUGUGAAAUAAACGCGGCGGAUUAGCAGAAAAACGAACUUAAACUGCAGGAGGGACAAAGGACACCAGAGUCCACAACGAUGAGAAGAGGCGUCCCAUCAGCCCCGGAAAAAGUCAUAAUCGCAGGGGUUGGUGGCUCUUCGCUGGACAAAAACGCAGUUUUAACAGCACUGUCCGAUCGAUUCACAUCUAAUCUGUCCACUGCCACAUAUAUACAGAUUAUAACCCCGCCGCCAUGCAUUACACAGACCGCCAAUGUCUGCCUGUCCGAUCCACCGGCGGCCAGUUUAUACAGCACGCCGAACGGAACACAUGGAACCGGACAGAGACCCGCGUUAGGACGACCACCGGCAAAAAGACGGUUGGCACUGGAUGACUCGGAUCACCUUUACAUGAGCGAAGGAGCCAAAACACCCAAGACCCAAACAGGAACUCCAUUUGGUGUUAUUAAGGGGAAUAAAACUCCAAAGUCUCCAUCAGAGAAGACGCGGUACGAUACCUCAUUGGGUUUAUUGACGAAGAAGUUCUUGCAGCUUUUGGCGCAGUCGUCUGACGGCGUGGUGGACCUGAACCAGGCCUCCGAGAUCCUCAAAGUCCAGAAGAGACGCCUCUACGACAUCACCAAUGUUCUUGAGGGGGUUCACCUCAUUAAAAAGAAAUCUAAAAACAACAUUCAAUGGAUGGGCUGCAGCCUGUCUGAAGUGGGUGGAGUUUUGUCUGAGAGAGAGACUCUGAGCAGUGAAAUAACACAGCUUGUCGAGGAAGAGCGCAGACUCGAUGAGUUGAUCCAGAGCUGCACACAGGAAGUCAAGCGUAUGACAGAGUCAUCACAUAGUCAAAAGUUUGCAUAUGUGACGUAUCAAGACUUGCGUCAGGACCGUGGACUGAGAGAUCAGACUGUAAUCGUGGUCAAAGCGCCUUCAGAAACUAAACUUGAGGUGCCUGAUCCCCAAGAGGGUCUACAGGUGCACCUGACCAGCACAAAGGCUCCUAUAGAUGUCUUCCUGUGUCCAGAUGAGAACACAGUUGAAAGCCCUGUGAAAAAUGGCAACUGUGGUAUUAAGGGCAAUUCCUCGCCUUUCAUGAAAGUAUUAGAUGAUGCUUCUUCCAGUCGUUCUGGUCCAGCCGUGACUGUUACUAGCCUGUCCCCCAUCACGUCCCCGUUCACCAGUCUCCUUCAGCAAACAGAAGAUCAGAUCCCCAGCAAUGAAGGGCCCUUCAUCAGUCUGGGCACUCCACCGUUCAGUGAUGAUUACCUGAUGAGCCUCGAAGAGGAGGAGGGAAUCACAGACCUCUUUGAUGACCUGGACAGGCUUCCAAAUAUAGAUGAUCUCUUGUGCAAUUAAGGAUGUUCCUCAACCAUCUGGACUCAGGUCUGACUCGAUCAAACACCUGCUUCACUUGACUGAUCCCAAGUUGUCAGCAGCCAUGUGUUGCGUUCACACUGCCAGUGUUUUUUAAUCACAGUAGAUCACUGGGCUCCAAGCUGUUGGUUUCUUGUAUGUGGUCUUACUCCUCCGUGGCAUCCACUUUAAUUGGUUGCCACAUUGCUUUGCUGCUUGUAUGCAUCAUCAUCGCUGAUGCCAAAAUGACUUUUUGAUUGUACGGAUCACUGGCAGUGUGAACAGAUGGGCUUCCUAAACCAGGAUUUCUCUCUUAACAUCUUUACUUUUAGAUCUGCCUCACAGAGCCAGAAAUCAAAAUUAAAUCUUCGCCCCUAAUCCUCACCGUUCUCUUGUGGUAAUGUUUUUAAGCGUUUACCACGGUUAAGGUAAAUGAAACGAAGCUGUAAACAUGCAGGCGACUUCCCAGGUAGACACUGACAACUGCUAAAGCUGAAAUGUCAUGUUUUGCCUCAACCUUAUGUAUUGAAUUUGAUACCCGAGACAUUCAUUCACACCUAUCGUAAAUAUUUCUGCAUAAAAGGUGACACUUGGGUGACUCUCGCAAAUAAAUGUUUUACCACAAACCCAAAAGACAACAAUAUAUAAGGUACAUUUUGCAUAUAAAAGGAAACUUAUGAUCAGGACCAUGAAGGUUUGCUCUAUGCUUUGCAUUGUGGCAUUUAUAAAACUGCCAAUUCUAACAUUCUUAUUAAUUUUAAUAUGCAUAUAUAUGAAUUUAUAUAAACAAGUAAAAAAUAUAUAUACUUUUUCUGCAUAACAGUAAUGAGACCGCAGUCUCAUUCAGAAUGAGUUUGAGGGUCAUGAUAUAAAAAUGGUCUUAAAAAUUGGCUUAAUUUUUUGCAAAUGUUUUACCUUAUUAGGGUAAAUAUUAGGGUGAAUAUAUCCUGAAUGUUUCUUAGGUAUUUGUGAGAUUCACUCACUGAGGGUCACUGUUGCCUUUUCUGUCAGAUUUUAUUCAUAUGAAAUCAGUACAGUGCAUUAAUGGGUAAGAAUGGAGUUGAAUGUGUGUGUUUGAACUUUGAACUGAAGGAAAUAGUAUGUGGGUCUAGACUUUUGUAGUUUGUGAGCUGUCAACCCACCUCAAGAGAACCUGCAGACGUCUUUUAGUGGAUUCUUUAAUGCUACCUAUACCAUCUUGUUAUAAUGCAACAGGAAAGUCUUAUUUGUUUGUUUCCCAACCUGCUUUCAAAUGCAGGGCAGGUGCCCUUGGUCAAGAAGCCAUUUGUAAAUUGUGUGGUAUACUUAUUAAAAUCAUUAUCAUUUCUAUAAGGCACUAGGUACUAUGUUCUACCUCUAAACCUAUGUUUAUGAUAUAUAAUUUACAGUAAUAUGUCUUUAUUAUAAUUAUUAUAUUAUUCAUUAUUAUCCCCUGAACAAAUUGACUCUAUCCCACCUAGCAGCCACUUGAAACGGCUCCAUCCUUGGAUGCACCUGGAUGGCGUUUUUGGUUGGAUGAUCUUGCUUUUUUUCAAACUGAUUGUCGCUUCAUAGUGAAAUUUUAAUUUUUUUUCAUUUAAUCAUACAACUGCAUCUUAAAAUAAUGCUUGGAUUUUUUUUAACAGUCAUACGGUUGAGUAGCUUUUCGUACUAGGUUUUGCAUCAACCCUUAUCCCACUGUAGGGCAAUGUAACAUAUUUGCAUAAUUUCAAGUUGCUUAAAUCGGUACACUGUAAAAAAGACUUAAAGUAGGUAACCUGGUUGCCUUAAAAUUUUGAGUUAAGUCAUCUUUAAUAUUAUAAAAUAUUUGACAACUAUUUUUAAGUUAACUAGUAUUUAAAUUGAAUUAACUCAAAAUUUUACUUACUUUUUAAGUUGACCCAACUUUUAACCAGUUUAAGGAACCCGGUUUCAAGCAGGAUUUAAGAAAGAUGGUGAGUGAAUGAACAUAUUGAGUAUAAGAAGUGUAUGAUAUAAUUUUUGUAAUGCAGAUCAUUGCAUAAAUUGUCUGUUUUUGACUCUUAUACAAAUGCCAGUUUUGACACUCAUUUAUAAACCUUUAUCUCUUUUUUUUUUUUUUUUGAGAAGCCCCAUCAAUGUCAAGGGUAUUUUAGCUCUAUUUCUUGCACAGACUCCAGAAUUUAUAAUUGUAAAUAUCCACAAGUGAUGGUGAAGCUCUUCCAUAUUUAUUUAACACAAAAUUUAACAUGAAUUUUACUUAUUUAAUUUACUCAAAUUAAAACUGUACUCAUCAAUGAUAUUUUGAUACCACAUGCAGUUUCUUUAUGUGCUGUUUUGUUUGUUACUCUUUUCCCCUUUCAAUCUUUUUUUCCGCAUGUUUUGAUCUCAUUCUUGUUAAUACUGAUUCAGUUAUAGGAAUGGAUGAGAUGAAUAUCUGUAUGUUUCACUUUGCUAAAUAUAUGUAAAUGUAUAUUUUCUAUGGUAUACAAGCAUGAAUGUGACAAUGGUGUGAAAACGUCAAUAUUAGGUUUUUAUUUCUAUUGUGUGUUUGAUUGAAGAAUUAGCUUUGUAUACGAAAGUUUGUUGACUGCUUUGAUAUAAAUUGUACAUAAAUAUUUGAAAAAGAGGCUUCUAGUGGGAAACAAUGGACGUAAUUUGUCUUUUAUUAAGAUGGCUUGUGAAGAACAUUAUCAAAUUAAAGCAAUAUCAUGACAA